UCGCAUGAACCGGGCACCGCGGGUUUUUCCAUGUGGAUGACCCCCACGUCCGGAGAGCGACCAUGUCAUGGCGCACCCGCAGCAGAAGCCCCCGACGCGAAGGUGACAUGGAGACGGCCCUGGAGGACGGCAGGUACAUUUGCUCGCUGCUGGCCAUGCCGAGGCCGCUGGGCCUGCUGAAGGCCCGCGACGCGCAGCUGGACGCGGGCGGCAGAGAUCUGCCGCGGCGCAGCAAGGGCCGGAAGCGGCGGCACCUGCUGGAGGCCUUCCGGGGCUUCUUUCAGCGCCUCUGCGGGGAGACGAAGGAACACAGCGAGCCGGAGAAGGCGCACCUCUUCCUGUCGUGCUGGGCCGCGGCCUGCAGCUGGGACCAGGACUUUGCGGCCUUCGACUGCUGGAACCAGGUGGCGACUCGCCCGCAGGCGGCUGAGAUGCUGCCGCAGCUGAGGGAGCUGCUUCCAGAGGUGCCUUCCAUCUUCGGGCUCUUCGCCUUUCUGCAGGUCGCCGAGAUCUUGGUCGACAGCGAGGAGAAGAGGGCCACCAAGGCCGCCGUCUAUCGCCAGAUGCAGCUGCGCUUGCAAGCCUCCGGCGCCACCUGCCCGGUGUGCCUGGAAGAGUUGUCCGCGGAGACGCUGCUGGUCUCCCCCUGCUCCCACGGGGUCCACUGGAGCUGCUACGUGAGCUCGGUGCGCGCCAAGACGGCGCAAGCCGGGCGCUGCCUCAUCUGCCGGAAGGUGUGCAACUGGUCUAACAUCCUCAUUGGCCGGCUCGUCCGCGAGUUUCAAGGCUUCAUGUUGCCGAUGAUCAUGGAGGAGAAUUGGGCCUCCGCCACAGAGGACCCCCCGGGGGAGUUCCUGGUGGCCUCGGUGUGCGCGGACCUCUCGGAGCAGCUGCCGCUGCUGGAGGAGGUGUCCAUGACGCAGGAGUGCUUCAGCGCUUUGUACUCCUCGCACAAGAUCGAGGUGAGUCCUCAGGGCACUUGGGUGGUGGCCAAAGAGCUGUUCCUGGACAACCGCUGCGGGCGGGGCGCCUUGGCGGGGCUCGGCCUGGAGGCGGUCGCGAAGGUCGCGCCUGCCGCGGUCAAGCUGCCGGUGGCCUCCUCGCUGGUGUCGCUCUCCGCCCUGGACGGCAGCGUGGUCUUCGACGAGUUUCAGCUGCAGGAGGCCAAUGCCUUUCAGCCUGCGGCCUUGUUCAAACUGGCGGGCCUUGAAAAUGGCGCGCGGCUGGUGUGGCGGGUUCCGCUGCCCAUGCAGCUGUUUUGGAACUCCGACUUCCACAGCAAGUUGGACGCGAGCGGCAUCCACGUUUCGGAGGACUUCCUGCUGGACCUGCUGCGACACCCGGAGCCCGAGAUCUUCGGGCGCCUGUCGCUGGUCGAGGAAGACUCUUCUGAGGAGCUGUAGUUCGUGAUGGGGCCCUGCCUCUUGCAAGAAACGCGGCUUUUCUACUCUCCCGGCGAUUCCGAUUCCAGCUCCCACCUGAUAUGGGAAGAGCAAGUUCCUCUUAGCUGGUAACUUCUAGGUUUCGCCUUGGGGAGGGUACACAUUCUGUAUUGCGGUGCAAUUCUAGUCCCUCAAAUUGAAGCGGGCAAAAAGUAAGCUUGGUGUUCCAAGCAGACGCAAGUCG